AUGGAAAAAAACACUGUUUUGACUACAAGCAUUGGUGUUUCAGUUGGUGUAUUAACAUCUCUUCUCAUCAAUUAUCUCAGAAAUUAAAAAGCUGAGUGCAAACAAUAAAGACAAUCUUUGGCUAUUACAGAAUCCGAAUAACCAUAUGAAGAUGAUGAUGCUAAGAGAAGAAAAGUUAUCUAAGAGCUCAUUAAAACUAACAAAGGCAAGUACAAAGAAUUCCAUAGACUUAAAAUUAAGGAUGGUGCAUUAGUUGGAAAUUCAUUACUUGAUGAAAUCAGAUUCCUUGACAGUGCUCUUUGUGAAAUAGAGAAAGUUCCUAACCUCAUUAUUGAUUUAGGAUUAGACAUCUUUGAAGAGGUAGUUAACCCUAUUGCAAGACACACUCAUAAAGAUACUUUUAUUAAUACAAACUCAUUUAUUUUAUCCUAUGCUGCAUUUGGUCCUUCUUAAAUGAUUCAAAAUGCUAAGAGAUGGUUAAGAGCUGGUCCUCGUUAUCACAAUUACUUUAGACCUGACUAAUCAAAGGUUUUGAUUGUGACAUAAGAUGGCCUUUGCCCUGGUUUGAAUGUCGUCAUUAGAGAAAUUGUUAUGCACUUAAAUUACAACUAUUAGGUUGAAUAAAUCUAUGGAGCCAAAUUUGGUUGGAAAGGUAUUUACGAGGAAGACUGGGUUCAAUUAAUUCCCAGCUAAAUUAAAACUAUCCAUCACAGAGGUGGUACCUUCAUAGGAACUUCAAGAACUGGUUUUGAUAGAGAUAAAAUUAUUGAAACACUUAUCAAGCACAAUUUUAAUUAGCUCUAUGUCAUCUGCGGAAACAAAUCCAUGGGUCAAGUUCUUGAACUUUAUUAUGAAAUCAGAAGAAGAAAACUCAAUAUUGGUGUUUGUAACAUUCCAAGAAGCGUCGAUAAUGAUAUUCCUAUUAUCGAUGAAUCAUUUGGUUAUUAAUCUUGUGUUGAAGAAGCUUAAAGAGUAAUUGAUAGUGCUUGGGUCGAAUCUCGUUCCCAUAGAAAUGGUGUUGGUAUUAUUAGAGUUAUGGGAUAAAAGAGUGGAUUUAUUGCUAUGGGUGCUUGUCUUGCAUCUCGUUGUGUAAAUGUAUGUUUGAUCCCUGAAUUUAAUUACGAUCUAUAUGGAAAGAGUGGUGUCCUUGACUAUAUCAAAUAGAGAAUUAUUAAGAAGGGUCAUUGUAUAGUUGUUGUUUCUGAAGGAGCCAACAGCUCAUUUGCUGAUGCUGAUGAUGUUCCUGGUGAUGUUGGUAAAUUCUUAUAAGAUGAAAUUCAAAAGUUUUGUGCUUAAGACAAUACUGAAGUUACUGUAAAAUAUUUUGAUCCUUUAUAUAUGCUUCGUGCUGUUAGAGCUAAUGCUUAUGACACCAAAUAGUGCAGUACUCUUGCUUAAAACGCAGUACAUGGUUUAAUGGCAGGUUUCACUGGGUUUUCUAUUGGUCACGUCCAUAACAAGACUUGUUUCAUACCUCUUGAAGAAAUGCUUAGUGGAAAUUAUAGAAAUAGAAUAGUAGCAAGUAACAAAAACUGGUAGAGAUUACUAGCUUCUACUGGUUAGCCAUCCUUCAUCAAUGAAGAAGAAUUAAAGAAAAUAAUUGGAACUAGCAAAUAAGAAUGA